AUGCGCGGUCUCUUCUUUCAUCCAAACUCUCCCUCGCUUUCCCACAGCAUCAGUAUGCUCUCUCGCAUCCGCAACAUCCUCUCGGGCGCCACUCGGGCCAAAUACCCCUCCGUUGCUCUCACUCUUGAGGUCCGCCGCGGAGGCUCUACAACAAUACACGUUUUACACAUCGUGCCCGAGGACAGCUCCGUGGAGCGUGUCGAUACGACGCGCUCGAACGCCACCAGCUUCCACUUCAACCAUGCACAAGAGAGGGGUCGCGAGCAAAUCGGCAGCGUGUUGCUACAGGAUGGAGAUGAGGAAACCUCAGAUGAACUUCUGGAUGAGAUCAGCACACAGGCGACGCAGCUUUUGCUGCAGCAGCGGAAGACUGCCAGCGGCAGGGAAGGCGGCGGUCACACUGUGGGAGAUCUAGAGCAAGCGUUACGCUCUGCUGCGCUUGAAAGUCUACAACGGAGAGGGACACGGGACGCUCCAGAAAAGGCGGCACAGCAGUAUCCGGUCUACAUCGUGCAAAUCGACCGCUCAGAGCCCGGGAAGAUCAUGUCCAAUUUCGAGCCCACCAGCAUCAUGCGUUAA